AUGGAAGAAGUUCCAGCUACCACCGCAGCACAUAAAUGGGAGCAAGUGUCAGACGACAACUCAAGCAGCCAGAACUCAAGAAUAAUGGAAUUGGAGAACGAGGAGGAGGAACUAUCGUUGGAGGGGGAAUACUUGGAAUACGAGGAGGAAGUGGACGAAGCGGAAGUGGAAGUGACCAACCAGAAUCAAGUUCAAUUAAACUUGACCGAUGAAACGGAUGGAUCAAUGGAAAAUAAUCGAGUUGAAUAUGCUAUUCUUCUUCCAAACUCUUUUACAAUUCUCGACUCAACAUUUGAUGAUCAAAAUUCCCUUCUAUAA